AUGUUCGUGGGUAGCAAGCUCAGUCUGCAGACCCUGCUACGUAAAUGCUAUAAGUUCGUCGAAGGUGUGCGGGCCAAGCGGUGUGCUGCAAGUGUGGGUGUCAGUAGAAAUACUGCCAUGGAAUGGUACACCAUUUGCCGCGGGGCCUGCUCACACGCACUUCGAUCCGCCGUAACCCAAAUUGGGGGACCAGGCGUCGAAGUGCAGAUAGACGAGACGCUCAUAAGUCGCCGCAAGUACCACAAGGGACGACCGCGGCGCCAGUUGUGGGUCGUCGGUAUGUACGAUACAGGCAGGCGGAAAGCCCUGCUUGAUCAGGUUAACAACCGCAGCUGGCAGGCCCUAAGGCCCGUCAUAGUGAAGUGGGUGGCUGCUGGUAGUGUUAUCGUAACCGAUGAGUGGAAGGGUUAUACCCGCCUACCGUCGGAAGGUUUCACACACUACACUGUCAACCACAGUAGGGUCUUCGAGAGUCCCACAACGGGUCGGCAUACGAACGCCGUAGAGGCCUACUGGAGCAGAUUGAAGAGGAAGCUGCAGGAGUCUGGUCCUGUCUGUGGUAGAGCAGUGUGGGCCCAUCUAGAUGAGGUUCAGUACCGCCUCUGGUUCGACCUAAGGGCCGACAACAUGGCAGCUUCCUGGGAAACUUUCCUGCAACACUGGGCAGAAGCAUAUCCAAUUGAGGAGAGCCAACCAACGGCGAUUGGAUAA